CUUUCUGCAGGCGCAAGAAAAUGAGUUUCUGUCACAUAGCUCUUCAGUAGCAUUAGUAGAAGCAGUUGCUAUUGCUUCAUAAUUGAGUUAUUGGCUACAAAGUAAGAAGGUAUAUUAGACCUGGGGAAGAUGGAACCUUCAUCUAUCAUGGAUGAAAAGGAUGAUGAUUAUGUCGAAUAUAUCCCUGUGAAAAAGCGCAGGGCUAUGGAAGCCCAGAAAAUCCUCCAACGCAAGGGGAAAUCUUCAGCUUUGGAGGACGAGUCUGAGAAGUCAAAGCUUGCUGAAGCAAAACCCAGCCUCCUUGUCAAGGCUUCUCAGCUUAAGCGUGACCUCCCUGAGAUUAGCCCUACUGAGCAGAUUGUGCAACAAGAGAAGGAGAUGAUUGAGCACCUUUCCGACCGCAAGACCCUCAUGUCAGUUCGUGAGCUAGCUAAGGGAAUUACCUAUACGGAGCCUAUGGUGACAGGAUGGAAACCUCCCUUGGCAAUUCGGAGGAUGUCUUCAAAGGAAUGUGAAUCUAUAAGGAAGCAGUGGCAUAUACUUGUCGAUGGCGAAGAUAUUCCUCCACCAGUGAAGAACUUUAAAGACAUGCGGUUGCCAGAACAGAUUUUGAAGAAACUGAAAGCUAAGGGGAUUGUGCAGCCCACACCUAUUCAGGUCCAGGGACUUCCUGUUAUCUUGUCAGGGAGGGACAUGAUUGGGAUUGCGUUUACUGGUUCAGGUAAGACUCUUGUUUUUGUGCUGCCACUUAUCAUGGCUGCAUUGCAAGAGGAGGUUAUGAUGCCUAUUGUUCCUGGGGAAGGUCCUUUUGGCUUGGUGAUUUGCCCGUCAAGAGAGCUUGCUAGGCAGACUUAUGAAGUUGUGGAGCAGUUUUUGAUCCCUUUGAAAGAGGCUGGGUAUCCGGAGUUGAGGCCAUUACUUUGUAUUGGUGGGGUUGAUAUGCGAUCGCAACUAGAGGUCGUGAAGAAGGGUGUGCAUAUUGUUGUUGCUACACCUGGGAGGUUGAAGGAUAUGCUUGCGAAGAAGAAGAUGAAUCUUGACAACUGCAGGUACUUGACACUGGAUGAAGCUGACAGGUUAGUUGAUUUGGGGUUUGAAGAUGAUAUCAGAGAAGUGUUUGAUCACUUCAAAGCCCAAAGACAAACUCUUCUAUUCUCUGCCACCAUGCCCACAAAAAUACAGAACUUUGCCAGAAGUGCAUUGGUAAAACCUGUUACAGUCAACGUGGGAAGAGCUGGAGCAGCAAAUCUGGAUGUGAUACAAGAAGUCGAGUAUGUGAAACAAGAAGCAAAGAUUGUUUACCUUCUUGAAUGUCUACAGAAGACCCCACCUCCUGUCCUCAUAUUUUGUGAGAACAAAGCUGAUGUGGAUGAUAUUCAUGAAUAUCUCCUGCUUAAAGGAGUCGAGGCAGUAGCCAUUCAUGGAGGCAAGGACCAAGAAGAUAGAGAAUAUGCCAUUUCAUCUUUCAAAGCAGGGAUAAAGGAUGUCUUGGUGGCCACUGAUGUUGCUUCAAAGGGGCUAGAUUUUCCAGAUAUCCAGCAUGUAAUUAAUUAUGACAUGCCUGCUGAAAUUGAGAAUUAUGUCCACCGUAUUGGUCGAACAGGAAGAUGUGGGAAAACUGGAAUAGCAACAACAUUUAUAAACAAGAACCAGAGUGAGACCACACUGCUGGACUUGAAGCACCUCCUACAAGAAGCGAAACAAAGAAUCCCGCCUGUGCUUGCGGAACUGAAUGAUCCAAUGGAAGACGUGGAUGCCAUCACAAAUGCAAGUGGUGUUAAAGGUUGCGCCUAUUGUGGUGGGCUUGGCCACCGUAUUCGUGAUUGCCCCAAGCUGGAGCACCAAAAGAGUAUGGCAAUAGCAAGCUCAAGGCGGGACUAUUUUGGUUCUGGAGGUUAUAGAGGAGAAAUUUGACAUAUUAUCCUUUCCUCUUUAUGUUCUGUAUGUGCACACUUCCUCAAAUCAUGUCUGUAUUUUGGCUAGAAAUUGUCACUGUAUAUAUCUCUAAAGAAUGAGUUAGAAUUGCAUUCUUUUAGAGAGUAGCAUUUGAAAUUC